AUUUGCGAAUAUUUUUAGACCAUUCAAAAUGAAGUUUCUAUUUGUAGUCUUGGUUGCUACAUUUUUAGCGACCGCUGCUCUUGCACAAAUAACAUGUAACCUUAACCAAAAAUUAAGAAGCUCUAUUGAUCCUGAGAUUGAAAAAGAUAUAUGUUUCGAUGGUAUCUGCAGGUUGUUAGGAGAGUGUCGUCUUCCAAAAAAAUGCCUUCACGAGGUUCAACCGGGAUUCUGCGAUUGUGGUUACGUGUGUGCCAAGAAGUUUGAAAAGAAGGAAGAAAACCAGAACGGUGGCGGUGGUGGCGCCGAGACCUCACCAGCAGGAGAAGAUGGAGGCAAAUGAUAAAACUAAAAAUGAUAAAAUUUGAAUAUAAAUAAUUCAUAUAUAUAUAUAUAUAUAUAUAUAUAUAUAUAUUCUAGCUUAACUAACUCUAAUAAAAUAUGCAACAAUUUAAAUAAAAUUGUUAGU